GAUUUUGAAAGGAAUAAAACUUUUAUCCAUGACUUUUCCCCCCUUUUGUUGAGAAAAUUGAUCUCACACCCUUUCUCCAUUUCUCCACUAUAUGGUGUUCUUAACCAUAUUUAGUAUUUUCUGAAAAACUAUUUGUUUUUUAUAAGUAAAUUAACCAUAUGUUAUUUAUUCUUCCAUAAGUAAAUGGACUGCAGUAAUUAGUGCAUUUUGAGCUCUAAUAAGCAUAGAAGGGCUGAGAAUUUACUCUAAUUAUUAUUGGACUUUCUAUUGAUUGUUCCGAGUUGUCUCCUUUUGAGCAAUAUUCAGAUUCUCAUUAAUGUGCUAUUUCUAGGUUAACUGUUGUGGAGGUACAAGAGAAGCCUUUUGAAAUCAUUGUUUGAUUGGUCCCAAACCAUAGGCAUUAGUGAUUGGCAUUCUAUUAUAGAUUUUAUUGAUUCCCUUUCUUUUCAUUUAUAACGAUUGGAGCUUGUAAUCUUAAUGCUGUGUUCACAUCUAGUGUGCAUGAAAGUACUCUCUCUCUGAAUAAAUUUUUAUUACUUGUAGGAAAAUAUAUUGUGUUAUAAUGUAAAAAUACUAUUCAGGAAUUGAACUGAAAACGUGAUUGAACACAGCAAAAACAUGGGAGACCAAUCUUCCUGAAACUUAACCAGCGACCUCAAAGAGAGUAUAUGCAACUUUUGAUACCUGACAUGAUGAAAGUUUCUAUUUAUGCACCAUAUUUUCUUCUGUCAAAAUAUUUUUGUAAUAACUUUUUUGGCUGGAAGAAUUUUGAAACAUGGAAAUACCAGGUGGAGUUUUUACAUUUCUAUGAAUUUUUUUUCUUUGAUAAAUACAUGUCUAUGACAUUGUUGCUUUGGUUAAUAUGAAAUGAAUAAUUAGCUAUCAUGAAACUUGAAGAGAAGCAUAGCAUGUUUCAAUUGAUUUUUGUUACUGGGUUGUGCUGCAAGAGGGUAUUGUUAAAGUGGGUGUGUGUGACAUACAUACAUGUGUGUAUGUCUUAUUGGAGAUAGAUACAUAAUGGUGCACGUAAACAUUUAACUUUAUUUAUGAAACUCAUUCCUUUUUCAGGUUAAUAACAAUAUGACUGGAUGGGAUUGAUUUUUACGUAACUGACAGUUUUGGUGAAGGGUUAUAUGAUUCUUGCAAGGAUGUAAAGUUUGGUACCAUGAAUUCUCGGGCUAUACAAUUUAUUGGUGCUGGUGCUCAAAAUUUUAAAGGUGGCUGUUGGUGAUGUUAUGUAUAUUGAAGCAAAUAGUGGAGCAGUAAAGAGGGUGGGCAGAAGUGAUGCUUUCGCUACAGAAUUUGACCUUGAAGCAGAAGAGUAUGUUCCACUUCCUAAAGGAGAGGUUCACAAAAAGGAGAUAGUUCAGCCGACCCAAGGAUGAUAUGGCUAGAAUUUAAUGCCUCUUAAGUUGGUUGAACUUAUCAGCUUGUGACUCUUGCUGGCUUAAUACAAAGAUGCUAGCAAAACUUCAUUUAAAUCCUCGACAAGACUAGAAUGUAUGAUGCAAGACUAUCCAAAAACUUUGCCUCCAUCAGCAAGAGUUGGAUUUACGGUGAUGGAUGCAUGGCUUGCUUAUCCACCUGUGAAGAACAACCCUGAGGAUGCUGCUAAGAGGGACUGAUAUGAACUGUCCUCAUGGCAUACCUGUCGACUUGUUGGACCGGUUGGUUAUUAUCCGAACACAGACUUAUGAUGUUGCUGACAUGAUAAAGAUUUUGGCUCUCCGUGCAAAUGUGGAGGACCUAGUAAUAGAUGACGAAAGUUUGGCUUACCUGGGUGACAUUGGUCUACAAGCAUCCUUAAGGAAUGCAGUUCAGCUGUUAUCGCCCUCCACUAUUAUGGCAAAAAUGAAUGGCCGUGACAAUAUCUGCAAGGCGGAUAUUGAGGAAGUGAAAGCUCUCUAUGUGGAUGCAAAGUCUUCAGCAAGACUUCUUCAAGCAUUAUUUAGGUAAAAUACAUUUCAUGAAAAUUUUUAACAAUUUUCCCUGAAUGUCAAAGGUAGUCUGGAUUUGGAAGUAGCAUUAUUUAGGUUCGGUUAGCUUCUCUCUCGUGGGUUUUGAAAGAGCAGGAGGUUUUGGUCAAAGACUUUGGCUUCGUUGAUAAUUAAUGUGUGUAAAGGCGAAAUGUUUCAGAAGUGUUUCAAGCUACAGGAAAUUUGUAUUUGUCACAUGAGUAGUGUCAUGGUUAUGCUGUCAGCAGCAAUGCUAGUGGUGAAACUCUAGUUGUUGCACCAUUCUGUUAAUGAAUGCAUCGGUGUAUGGAACUAAGCUUUCAAAUACACUUCAUAUUUACCCUGGAAAAGUACUAACCCAGUUAUGUGAUGAUCACUAAUUCUUUA